AUAAUUAACUGCAUAUUUUAGAUGAAAAGAAAAUUGAUCUACAAUGACUGAUCAAAAAUUAGGUGAAGGUUGUUCACGAGGCGACUUUACGAAUGGGAAGCUUCACGUUGACAAAGAAGAUCCCACGAGAAGAUACGCAAGACGAUGAAAUCAUCGAAGAACUAGCCACGAUUUCAGGCAUCGAAGAUCUCCGUACUUUCCUCAUACAACGCUGUCGACAGAAAUUGGCCGCUUGGCCAGCUCUAUUGGCACGCAAAUGGAUCUCUGCAAAUUUCAUGCAGGGCAAAUCGAGAAAACAGAAAAGCGACCCCGUCUCAGCGGGUGUUUCAGGAAACCCCGAAGAAACUGGCUUUUCAUUCAGAGUGAUCCAGUGGAAUCUCUUGUCUCAAGCACUGGGAACAGCACGGGACAGCUUUGCCAUGUGCCCACCCGAAGCUCUCGACUGGGAACAUCGAAGACAUCGGUUGCUCGAAGAAAUCCUUGUCCACGACGGCGACAUCUUAUGCUUCCAGGAAGUGGACCACUUCAAUUUCCUGGCAAAGCACCUAGAACGGCUGGGAUACAAGGGGUCUUUUGUGCCCAAGCCCGACUCGCCGUGCAUUUACAUCCCGGAAAACAAUGGACCCGACGGCUGCGCAAUAUUCUACCGGACGAGCAAAUUCGAGCUGAUCUCCGAACACACCCGAGUCAUUGAAGUUUGGGGCGUGCAAAGCAACCAGGUUUGCUUAAUUUCUACAUUGACAUUGUUGUGCGGGCUGGUUCUAGCAGGCAAACGAACCUUGGACACCUAUUCUCGCAGCGCCGCAAAUAUCGAACGCACCCGAGAGAUUACGAAUGUAUCUUUUUUUGCCACAGCACUGGGAACAGCACGGGACAGCUUUGCCAUGUGCCCACCCGAAGCUCUCGACUGGGAACAUCGAAGACAUCGGUUGCUCGAAGAAAUCCUUGUCCACGACGGCGACAUCUUAUGCUUCCAGGAAGUGGACCACUUCAAUUUCCUGGCAAAGCACCUAGAACGGCUGGGAUACAAGGGGUCUUUUGUGCCCAAGCCCGACUCGCCGUGCAUUUACAUCCCGGAAAACAAUGGACCCGACGGCUGCGCAAUAUUCUACCGGACGAGCAAAUUCGAGCUGAUCUCCGAACACACCCGAGUCAUUGAAGUUUGGGGCGUGCAAAGCAACCAGGUCAUCAUGGCGACCACUCUCCGGUGCAUCCCAACGUCCCGGGAAAUCUGCGUCGCCACGACGCAUCUCAAGGCAAAAGACGGCGCCCUCCUCGCCACCAUCCGCCAUCAAGAAGGCCUCGACGUGCUCUCCUUCCUCCGCCAGGUGGCCGACGGACGCCCCAUCAUCGUCACCGGCGACUUCAACGCCGCCCCCACCGAACCCGUCUACGCAGUCAUGACCGGCACUUCUCUUCGUUCCGCCUACGCCACGUGCACAGGCUCAGAGCCCGACUACACCACGUGGAAAGUUCGGGAAUCCAGCAUGGCAGAGAAUGCGGAACACGAAGAAACAGUGUCAACGUUGGACUACGUGUUUCACUCGAAACGUUCGCUACAAGUCGACGCCGUGCUGGGUUUCCCCGCAGGAGAGGAAAUGGGACCCGAGCGACUACCUUCGCUCAAGUACGCGUCGGAUCACUUGAGUUUGGCGUGCGAUUUCCGACUCUCGACUCGAGGACACAGCGACGAGCUGGACGACGAAGUCAACGACGACGAGGAAGGCUCGGAAAAUCCGGAAGCCGGUCCGGGGCAAUUCGUCCCGCCGUAUUCCGCAUUCAAACGACAGCAGUCCAGGCAAUAAAAAACCGCGGCACUGGACUUGUAAAUAUCCCUUCCGUGUCUGUCAACGCAUGUGAUUUUUAUUUGCGUGUUCUUUUUUUUUCCGCGUCUCCUUUUCGUUCGUAAUUUUUUGUAUUUUAUUGUGCGUACAGCUAGUUAGUUGGGUUCGUCUGCGAUGAGCAUCGAUGGGUACGCAGAGCGCAAUUCCGGUACAAAACUAAAAAUAAAUAUUCCCAUACCUCGAAAUUAGACACACGGGAUAGAAGAUAAGAGAGAAGACCAAAUUCUUGAAGAAAAUCUCGAAAAAAUUGACACAAGAUCACAGUUUUUAGAGAGCAGAACAUACAGAUUAUCUCGAAAAAUGCUAAAAAAAAUAACCUGACAAGAUAUCAACGACGACCCAGAAGAUCUUGGAGAGUAACAAAUCCCUGGGACGCCCUCAUUAACAUUUCUUCCGAAGUUCGCGAUGAGCUCUUCCUGUGCUUCUCAUGAAAUCAAAUUUAAAUUAAUUCAACAUUAGUAUGUCAGUUUCCGAACGCAUCUUACAGUGAUCUUGAUUUUUUUUAAAGAAAUUUUCACGUAAAUUACGGUCAAUCCCGAUAAGAUUCAAAUGCUUGAAAUGUAACGAGGCUUUUUAUUCCUCUCAGUGACUUGAAAAUCUAUACAGUACCGUUAAUCAAUGCAAACGUCAUUAAGAAUUUAGUGCAAUUAACCUGAUCGCGCAGAACUUGGUAGCAAUUGUGUCGGGAAAUGCAUACGCUAUCUCGAAAUGAAAUUUCCAGACAAGAAAAUCCGUUCUCGUACGAUUUUCUUCAUACUCUUGAGCCUUCACGUACCCCUCAGAAACAAUGACGAUCGCUGAAGAUUAGAAAAAAAUGGAAAAUUCUGAUUUACCCAGGGUAUAAAAUGAGAGCGGAAAACAGAACAGUUAUUUAACGAAGAGAUGCUUCAGAAAAAAAAAUUGAAAGAAAUGAGCAGAAUCACGAUACAUUUCGAACAAAUUAUCUUUUGCAGCGUCGAAUGUUGACUCGAAUUUUUCAAAUUGAAACUGUCCCUCGCGGCAGUAAAAAAUAAAUCUGAACUUGUUCUUUGGGAAAUUCACCAGCAAAAUCCGUUUCGGAAAAAAAUUGGAUGGAACGUUUUUCUGGCGCUUACUGAAUGUUCUCCUCGGUUUAUUUUCGAUACGUCAAAACUGCAUCAAAUUUCUCGGCGCAGGCUUCAGCUGGCAGCAAAAAUUUCAAGAUGCUUUUUGUAAUUUUGAAAAAAUGUGCUUGAAAAAAACCUUUGUCCAUUAAAAGAAGUGCCGAAUUACUCGAUAGCAUUUCCUAAAUAUAGAAACAUGAAGUUACGGAUAUCAUGGAUAUUCGGGUGAUCAUGUUUAAAAACUUUUUAAAGACCAUAAUUUCCUUUGCAAUUUGUGCACUGUUCAGCGGAAUGAUGCUCGAGAAAAAAAAAACGGAAGACAUUCGAAAUCACCCUCGCUCAGUUGCAUUCGUCCCAUUGUUGCUUUGUUAUGCUUUAAUCAUUGUAGCUUAGAAUAUCGUAGCAUGUUGUAGCAUUUUUUUUCGGCCAAUCGCUGACCUAAGGCAGAUUUUUUUUUAUUGAAGUGAUGCGACAUCGGAUCGAGGCGAUUUUUCAGAGAAAGCGAGAGAGUUUUAAAGACAGUGGACGGAUGAAGAAGCAGCCUCUCACAAUCAACGAACGAGCAAGACGUUCAACCAAUGUAAUCGAAAGUAAUGGAAAAAACAGUAGAACAUGUUGCAUUUUUCCUCAUCUUCACAAUGCUCUUUUUCUUUAUGGCAUUCAUCGAAAUUCCGAGUGUUCAGAAUAAAUGGGUUUACUUCUGGGCCAA